AUGAAGGUUCUGAUUGUCGGCGCAGGCCUAGGGGGACUGGCUUGUGCAAUUGCUUGCCGCCGCGAGGGAAUUGACGUGGAGAUCCUUGAACGGUCACCAGAGAUCCGCGAAGUCGGAGCAGGCAUCCAAGUACCACCAAAUGGAACCAGAAUAAUGCGCGACUUUGGGCUUCUGCCCCAAAUGCUGGAGAAAGGAACGCAAGUUCAAGAAGUGAGCUUCCGAAGAUACAAGGAUGGUCGUCUGUUGCGAACAAUGCCAUUUGGUGAUGAUAUCACGGAGCAAUUCGGGGCACCCUGGAUUGUUAUUCACCGCGUUGACUACCAUCGCAUACUUCAUGAUGAAGCGAUUCGUCUUGGUGCGGCCCUUCGACUGGGAGCGGAGGUCACUAGUAUCUCUACCGAGGAAACAACAGCCCUUCUUGCCGAUGGGACAAUAAUACAAGCAGAUGUCAUUAUUGGUGCUGAUGGCCAAAUGUCUUCAGUGAGAACAGCCGUUCUUGAAGCUCCUGUGUCUCCGACUGCCACGGGAGACAUGGCGUAUCGAGCAACGUUCUCUAGGGAGCAGCUCGAGGCUCUAGGUGAUGAAGAUGUUAAUGAGCUCUGCCAGAAAAUCGCCGUGACUACCUGGUUGGGACCGGACAAGCAUACUAUAUUCUAUCCUGUCCGCGGCGGGAAGGAGUUCAACCUUGUCCUGCUUCGACCGGAUAAUUUAUCCUCAGAUAUCCGUAAGGAACAAGGUGAUGUUGAUGAAAUGCGUGAGAGCUACACAGACUGGGACAAAAUUAUACAGAAAGUGAUCUCUUGUGUGCCGUCAGUUUAUAAAUGGAAGCUGACCCAUCUUCCUGAACUUGAAUCAUGGACAAAGGGAUCCGUUGCCCUUCUUGGUGAUGCUUGCCAUCCCACCCUGCCUUACCAAGCGCAAGGGGCUGCUAUGGCGGUCGAGGAUGGAGCCGUCAUUGGCAAGCUUCUUGGCUCCUUACAAACUCAAAUUCUAAAGCCAAAUAGCUCUGAUGAGCAACCUUUAUCAACAAGAUUCUCAACGCAGGAGCUCACUACUGAGGUGUUGGCUCUUUAUGAGAAGAAUCGCAAAGCACGCACAACGCGAAAUGUUCAAGGAGCAGUGAAGAACCGCAAACUAUUCCACAUCCAGGAUGGAAUUUUACAAAAGAUUCGAGAUUUUGUAUUAGGGUAUGCGGGGGUGACUCGGAAAAGCGAUUGGACAUGGCUCUCUUCAUUCCGGCAGGGCCAAACUCUUGGCUUGGAUGUGCUGGAAGAUUGUGGAAAGGCCUUUGAAGAUUGGGAGUUAUCAAUU